GAAAAUGAAGUGAUAUCACAUGACUCUAUUCUUCCUUAUAGGCUGUCUAUGUGUCUCGUCAGCUUACUUCUGUUAUUACAGUGAUUGCCAUGGCUUAUUUCUAUUUGAUCAUCUUUGUUUUAGCUUAUGCUGCAGCAGAGGACCAGGAUAGCCGCACUUGUUAUCAAAAAGAUAUUCUAACACUUGUUUUAAAGCAAAGGGAAACGGACACUAGAGUGAGAGAACUUGGACAUUCCAUGGAAAAUGAUUUGAGAGACAUACAUGGUAAAAUAAAUGGCAUUGAGUCGGAGUUACAGACCAAACUUUCGGCAAUGCAGAGGAACUUGUCAUCACUGCAGCGGGAUAACGACAAAUUCCGUAACGAGAUUUCGAGCCUUACGCAGAAGUAUGAUCAACUGGCUGCUAAAGUCAAUAGUAGUGGAACCCCCCCAAAAAAUGGCUUCCUCGCAACAUUGUCAUCGAAUUACACACCUUCAGUGAAUCCAUCGAAUAUAGUGUUCAAUAGCGUGACAACACUCGUAGGUGGGGGAUACAGUUCGGGAACAGGGAUUUUUACCUCUCCAACGAGUGGCCUCUACGUGUUUUCUACCACCAUCAAGAUACAGCUCGGCCAUUCACGCAGUCACGCAUGGUUUAGCAUAAAAAAGAACGCUGUUACAAUAGUACGACUUCAUCUUGAGGAUAUAGACUCAAACUCAGAAACAACGAGCGGAAGUGUACUGUUGUCCCUUCAAGCCGGGGACCGGGUGUUUGUAACGUGUGAAUCAAUCCUGGGCACUAUUUUGGGGGACGAUUAUACUUUCUUUUCUGGGUUUCCUUUAUAAAUUAUUUCAUUUGGCUAUUUCCAUACUAUUGAAUACUGUUUGUAUUUCACUUUCAAGCAAUCCUGGUUAAGUGACAUGUACACGUAUGAAUUCCAGGUGAUUUAAACCUGAUUCUAAAUCGGAGUGCUAUCUUUGUCAUGAAUUUUUGUUCUCAGUUAUGGAAAUUUAGAUGUUUAAGCAAAUGUACUUUGGGUAUACGGACAUUUGCCCCCCCGGACAUUUGCCCCCCCGGAUGUUUGCCCCCCUUUUGGACCAUGGCGGACAUUUGCCCCCCCGCCGUUUUCGAGGGGGCGGACAUUUGCCCCCCCUCAAUGUUCGAGGGGGCGGACAUUUGCCCCCCCCUCCAUUUUCGAUGGGGCGGACAUUUGCCCUCCCGGUUAUAUAAGUAAUAUUCUAGACAAACCUAUACCAAAAUUGCUUAUUAACCAACAUAACUCCAAUUUGUGUAUUUUGCAUGUCUUCAAUCAAAUAAAAGCCACGACAUAAGAGAAGGGAGACUACUCGAUAAUGCGAUAACUUUAAUAAUCUUACAAACUAUCAACACCAAACAUGUGUUUGUAUUAAAGUGCGAUCCAACACUACAAUUAAAGCAAUCCCGAUCGCGCUAAUUACCUAUGUGUGCAUGAUAUCAAAGAAGUGUUAAUUAAUGAGAAACAAUUAAAGCAAUCUCGAUCGCGCUAUUUACCUCUGUUUGCAUGAUAUCAAAGAAGAGUUAAUUAAUGAGAAACAAUUAAAGCAAUCUCGAUCGCGCUAUUUACCUCUGUUUGCAUGAUAUCAAAGAAGAGAUAAUUAACGAGAAAAAUGUGACGUACUUUUGCUCAAAAUACAAACUAAGAACACGGGACUCAUAUAAUGGACGUAUUUCCUAUCACAAAUUACAACUCACAAUUCACUUCCACGAAGCAACAUGGAAUUCAUUACGAGUAGUAGAGGCGCACCAAAGCUUUGCUUUGAUAGUUUUACGUACACGAAGAAGAAAAGCAGCAAGACCACCAUCACCUGGGAGUGCUCACAGAGACUUAUCAUACCAUUCAGAGAACAGAAACGUAUUUUUUGCUGUAUAUACUUGUAUAUAUGAGUGCUAUAAAUGUGCUAUAUGACUUCUGAUUUGAAAUAAAAAUAUUAUAAAAGGA